AUGUCCGAACAGCCAACCACCUCUAAUGAGGCCAAAAACUCCACUCCCAGUGGAACUGCCACUCCAGUUAAAAAGAAGAAUCCUUUAGCUGGUAAGAAGGUCAGUGAGGAGAUUUUAUUGAAACGUAAAUUGGGUCGUAUAAAAGCGGCCGAAAAUAUGGCGAUCAAGAUUAAGAACUCGGGGAUCGAAAAAGUCGAGAACAAGUUGAUAAACUCAUUGUUCCAACCAAUCCCAUUAAUCAAUCAAAAGAAUUAUUACACUGAUUAUUUGAAAAAAGACGACCAAAUCAUUUAUUUGCGUAAACGGAAAGAAAUGUUUGGGAUGAAAAAGGGGAGGAAAUCGAAUUUGGAAAAACAACAGGAAAAAUUGAAAUCUGAAUCGGUGGCCCCGCCAACCCCACUGGCCCCAACUCCUUUGGUGGGCAAUUCAAAAGGAGAAACCCCAAUGGAUAUUGAUGAUGAUGACGAUGACGAUGACGAUAAUGAAAUGGAGGAAAAUGGCGGAACGGUGUCGGGAACCCCGGCCGCCGUGGCCCAAGAUGCAGAAAAGAGGGCUAAAAGUCUUAGGACCAUUGCAAUUCAUCCUGGCUCAAGAAAUAUCAGAAUUGGGUUUGUGAAUGAAGCAUACCCAAAAACUUUCCCUAAUGUGAUUGCCAUUCCCAACCAUGACCAAGCUACCACCCACGAAACACUUCCUCGUAGGCGGAAUUCUCAAAAAAGUUCACUGCAGGAUACCAAUGGGAAUAAUACCGAGGAUGAAGAUGCUUUGUUGUUUGGAGAGAAGUUUAAUAACGCCAAAAAGAUGGUCCAACGUGAUUUUAAAGAAAGAAUGAGAUUUUAUAAACGAAGAAUCUUGCCGAAUUCCAAUGAGACGGUUAAGAAUUUCAAUAAUAAAGUGCGAAGUGAAAUAAUCUCUGAUUUAAACGAUCCUCAUAAGAUCGAUUGGACCAAUAAUAAUGAUGAGUCUAUCAAGGAUAAGAGUUAUUUAGUUGGGGAGAACGCCUUAAAAUUGGCAAAUAAUCAGAGAUUCAAAUUACGGUAUCCUAUCGUUAAUGGGAAGUUUAAUGAGAACCCCAACGAUUAUAAUUCGCCUACGGAACUCGUAGGAGAUAUUCAACUCAUCCUUUCUGAGAUACUCACAAAAGAAUUCCUGGUGGACAAUUUCCAGAAUUUCAAUAUCGUGUUAGUGAUUCCUGACUUGUAUGAUAAGACCCAUGUGGAAACGUGGAUUUACUUAAUUUUGCAAAUGAAUUUCAAUGCAAUUUCCAUUAUUCAAGAAACCAUGGCGGCGACAUUUGGGGCCGGGGUCUCACAAGCUUGUGUGGUUGAUAUUGGAGCACAAACCACGUCGGUGUCUUGUAUUGACGAAGGAAUGGUGAUCAAUGACUCAAGAAUCCAGUUGGACUAUGGUGGUGAUGAUAUCACUAAAGCUUUUAGCAAGAUGAUUGUGCAAUCAGGAUUCCCAUACAAGGAAUUUGACUAUGGUAAUGUACAUGAUUGGAAAUUGGUCAAUGACUUGAAGGAAAAAUUCUCGACUUUUGAAGAUGCUAACAUCGCGGUGCAAUUGUACGACUUCAUCAAACGGAAACCAGGAAGCAAAACUGAGAAAUUUCAGUUCAAAGUCUUCGACGAAGUGAUGUUAUCUCCAAUGGGGUUAUUUUACCCUGAGAUUUUUGAGCUUGAAGACCCUGAAUCAGACGGCAACAAAUUGCAAACCAAGCAAUCGAAAUUCCGGUUAUUUUCUAAAUCCCUGGAUUCGUAUACUGGGAAAUCCAAUAAUCCUACAUCUAUGGGACAAAAAAAAUCAUUGACUAACGAUUUAUACGUGAACACUCCUGAUGAAGAAAUUGUCAAGAAAUUGAUUUUGAUGGACAAUGACGAUCUUAACCCGAAUAACCUGAACUUGAAAAAAAAUGAUUUGACGCAUGAUGAGGAAUUGAAAAUAUCUCACACCAAGCUUGAUUUUGCCAUCAUUGAAUCGAUCACCAACGCUUGCAAACAUGAUUUGGGCAAUUGCAAAAAAUUCUAUGAGAAUAUCUUGAUUGUCGGCGGGGUGGCCAAGACUCCGUCGAUUGAUUUGAUCGUUACUGAUAGAAUUAAUAUUUGGAGACCGCAAAUUCUCUCGAUCUCUAACGUUUAUGAGAUUUUGAAAAUUUUGAAUGAAGAAUUCGAACAGGAGAAAUCUAAGAUUGCCGCUAAUAGCGGUAAUUCCGAAGAGGGACAACAUAAACUCGAUGACGCCGAAUCGAUGAAGUUGCUCACGUCGAUAAUUAAACGAAGACUUCCUGGCAUUGUGGAAAGUCCGCAAUUUGUCGAUCAAUUGAAUACUAUCCAAGUGUUAUCGCCUCCAAGAGAUAUCGAUCCGCAAAUUUUGACAUGGAAGGGGGCGGCGGUGUUUGCUAGAUUGAAAAUUGUUCAGGAAUUAUGGAUCACCAAAAGUGAUUGGGAUCUAUUGGGAAACAGAGCAUUACAUUACAAGGCAUUAUUCAGUUAUUAA